UAGUUAAUUACAAAUUAAGAAUUUUAUUUGCUUCAUUAUUAAAAUAAUUCUUAUUUCAUUAGCUUGUAUGAAAAACAUGAAUUGUUAAAAUUUCAUACAAGCACGUGAAUUGUAUAUAUUUAUAUUUUAAUACAAUACGGUGUGUAAUAUACACAAUGGGAGAUAUAUUUUAUUUAACAUUUGAAGUGUAUAAUAACAAUUAAUGAAUUCUUUAUUUAUUAUAAUUCACUUUUGAAAUAGAAUAGAAAAAGUUUAUGGAGAAUAUAUUGGAAAAGAAUCUACCAUUUGAUAUUAAUAUUUUCUUUAUAUUGAAAAUUUGGCAUAAUAUUUAACAUCUUAAUAUUUACAAGAAAAAUUUGUACGGUGUAACUUAUACGCAUUGCAUUGGUAUUGCCAUUUGUUCCUUUUCCUUAUUCUCUUUAACAAGAGUUGUAAGGAUAUUUAGUUGAUUAAUUGUAUCUUCAGGACCAGUUACACGAUGUCCAACAGUUAAAUCACUUUCAUAAAUUUCGUGAUCAUUGCCACCGAUCGUUGUUUUAUCACCAAAAAAAUGUAUUUCCUCAUAGCCUUGUAUAUGUCUUAAACAAUACGUUUUAUCCCAACCAACUGGGAACACAUCGAAAGAUAUUUGUCCACCUUUUAAGUUGAAAAGUAAUGCAUUAUAAUGAAUAAUUUAUAUGGAUUAAAUAAAUAGGUGUGUGUGUGUGUGUGUGUUAAUAUACACAUGUACGUAUGAAACAAAAAAUUACUUGCCUAUGCUAUAUGUCAAGGCCAAAUUAGGAAACUCUUUCUUAAGUGCUUGUAUGAAUUUUUGACGCACUUGAUUUUCUAUGUCAUAUUCAUAAAAUUGUUCACGUUCUUCCUUUGUACAAUUACGUCCGACUGGUGAAAUGUUAAGCAUGCCAGUUCUAAACUCUAUGAAAGUUCCACGUUUAAAAGGUAGUUUAAGUUCUGAUACAUAUUUUAAUGAGAAAUUUAUUACAUCUUGUAGUGCAUCUUCUCCAAUCAUAUUUUGAAUUGUCUAUAAAAAUAUUGAAACAUCAAUAUAUAUAAUAUAAUUGAUAAAUAAAUGAUUUAUCAAAUACCUGUGACGGUAAUAAAUUGCCAUCCCUGAAAGCAACGAGUCCAUUUUCUGCAAAAAUGUAUUUAUAUUUCUCAAAUAUAUUUUCACUACCAAGUUGUUCCUUAAUUUUAUUCAAAUCUGAUCCACUAACUACGGCAAUGUCAAAAUCUUUUUUCAAAACGGUCAAAAGAAAUUUCUCCACAUUGCUUUUGAUUGGCUAGAAGUAAUCAUAAACACGUAUUAUUUAUAAUGAAUAAAACAAACAAAAAAAUCAAAAAUUAAAAAUAAGAACGUAAUAAAACAAUAUGUAUACGAUAUAAUUAAUAUCAUACUUGUCUUGGUUCAGUUAAAGUGCCAUCUAUAUCAAAUAAACAUAUAAUUUUUUUUGACAUCCUAAUAGUUUCUUCCAAUAAUCUGAAACAUGUGUGUGUGAUAUGUAAAGAGAAGAAAAAAAAAUCAAACAAAUAUAAUACAUAUAGGGCGUAAAGGUAUACACACGCGCGCGCGUGAAAUCAGGAAUGCCGAGAAGAGCAGAAAAUAUAGAAACGACUCAAUUAUAUUACGACAUUGGUAAAGAUAAAAUAGAAAAAAUAGUGCCUAUCGCAUUGUCGAUAAUAUGUUUAUUUCAAUAUUAUAAUAUCGUAAAUAAAAUCUUACCGUGUCCUCUAUAGCGAUAUAUUUAAGCUGUCAGUCCACGUCACGCAAAUCGAACUAAUUUAGAUGUUUGGUCGAAGGAGUUUAUGCUUAAUUCUUUUAAUUAAUUGUAUAAAUUGUGUAAUCUCAAAAUGUCGAUAAGGCAUAGAAAAAAUAAAUUCCUAAAUCUAUUAUUUGUAAAUCUUUCGAAAGGAUCGAGUGAAAACUUUUUGAAAUGUCAGAACAUAUGUAAAGAAAAAUGUCCACGUUUACGCGUCGCUCUCUUAUACCAUCACGUGUUAUUAUUCCCAAAGUAUGAAUUUACACGCGUAUACGUUAUCUUAUCAAUCCUAUUUCAUACAUUUCUACAAAUGCGAUCAAUGUCGAGAGAAAAAAAAUUAAUAAGAACUAAUUGGAUGAUAAAGAGAUAUUAAUGAAGACCCAUUAAUAAUAGGAAUGCCAUAUUAUCGUGACAAUUCGAUCUAUUUUACUAAAAUUGUCUCUUCUUUUACUUUCCAAGUUUUUAAAUAUUAAAAAAUCUAGUUUCUAGAGGCACUCCAGAUGCAUAAACUAAUUCGACGUAAUUGCAUAAAUAAUUAUAUAUUCUUAAAAUUUAAAUUUUAUUAUUCUUAAAAUUAAUGCUUUUUAAAAAAAAGAAAUCCAAACUAACUUAUCUUUUGGCGUCGAUGUAAGUUUUAUCUUUUUUUAAUUCACAAUUUAAAUCCAAUUAUUGCAUACAUUUAUCGGUUUUACAAGUUGAAAAAAUAAUAAACAAGUGCAUUUUAUUACUUAUUCACUAUAAUUCAACAUUUAAUAUAUUCACAUCGCAAAAAUUGUCAAAGGUAAAAUUAUCAAAGAACCACAUUUUGUUUAUUCAUUUUUAUCGCUUUUUAUAUCUACGUAUAGAAAGACUGCGUACGAGACCUCCUGCCUCCUGCUUGCUAUCUUUCACGUCAUCUAUUCAGAUGUCGCCACAUUUGUGACACAUAUGCUGCCAUCUGGAAAGCCGACCUGAAAGUUUUGAAUCGUAUUGCUAAAGGAACGAAGUAAAAUGUAAAAUGUAAAAUUUAACGUUUCUAUCGGGCGUAAUAAUUUUGUAAUAAUAGCAUGACAAGAGGCAUGCUUUUGGUCUCUUUAAAAUUACCUCUUAAAUAAUGCUUAUCUGUCGUAAUGUAAGAAAUGCGUUCGUAACAAUGUUAACAAAAAACUAUCAUUUAAGAAUCAAUAUACCGACGUUACUUGUUACAUUUUCUUUUCUUUUCUUAUGCGUACAUUAUUUAUCAUCCGCGAAGUGUUCGUCCAGCGAUCAAAUGAUCCAAGAUAAAUCCAAAUUCAGGCUAAUAAUAUUAAUUCUAACGAGUCCAGAAAAUUUAGAGCAAAGAGAUACUGUUAGGAAAACGUGGCUUUCCGAAAAACAUGCAUCGGUAAAGCAUCUUUUUGCAGUGGGAACAUUGGAUGUUCUACCCGAACAAAGAGAUACGUUAUUGUCCGAGAAACAAAAAUUUAACGAUUUACUUUUGUUACCGAAGUUACAAGAUUCUUAUAGGACUUUGACGAAGAAACUUCUGUACUCUCUUAAAGAGAUUUAUGAAUAUUACGAUUUUGAUUAUUUACUUAAGUGCGACGACGACACAUUCGUUCUUGUACAUAAAAUAUUAAGGGAAUUAGACAAAUGGCAAAAUAAAAGUACAAAGAGAGAAUUGUAUUGGGGCUUCUUCAAUGGAAAAGCACAAGUGAAAAGGAGCGGACCAUGGAAAGAAAUGGAUUGGAUCUUAUGCGAUUAUUAUUUGCCAUAUGCGUUAGGCGGUGGAUAUAUUUUAUCAUAUAAUCUUAUCCAGUUCAUUAUUAGUAAUAUGGAAAUUCUUAAACUGCACAAUUCAGAAGAUGUCUCUGUUGGAUUAUGGCUUGCACCAUUAGCAAAUAUAGAAAGAAAGCAUGACGUACGCUUUGAUACAGAAUAUAGAUCACGUGGUUGUUCUAAUCAAUACAUAGUUAUGCAUAAGCAAACCAUACGAAAUAUGAGAAAUAUGUAUGAAUAUUAUCAAGCUUCUGGAGCACUUUGUCCUAAAGAAAUUAGAAAUCGUAUGAGUUACAGAUAUAAUUGGACUGUACCACCUAGUCAGUGUUGCACUAGACAAACAGGAAUUCCUUAAUAUAAUAAGUAUUCCUAUUGUUCUAUAUUCUAUUCUAGUCUCUUAAAAUUAUCUUUUCAAACUUUGCUUUGCUAAUGAUGUAUUAUACAUAUAUAUAAAAGUCAACUCAGUUUGUGAUAUUACUGGGUUAUAAGACAUGUAAUUUGAUACCUAAUUAAAGUUUGAGAUAUACAUUAUUAGUAUUUCUUAAUAUGAUUCAGCUACUUUUAUAGCGAGAUCAUAUCUGUACAUAGAUGUUGUAAAUAUUUUGUAAUAGAGGACUAGUAAUGGAAAAUUUCUAUUUAUGUAAGUCAAAUAUAUUUUUCUUGAUUAUGCACAA